AAAAAAAAAAAAAUUGUUUGCUUCCUGUGCAAACUACCAACUUUUUUUUUAGCCGUCCGGAAUUUUUUUUCAAUCCUUUAAUACCUUCAUUUUUCUUUACCUCUUUCCUUUUUUCAUCUUUUAAUUACCUUUCACAAUGAAGGUCUUACUUGCAUUCAUUCUUGCACUCAGCGCUUUCACAAUUAUUACCGCCGAAGAAGGGGUUGUCAGAAGAAUGGAAUUCUCACUUCUCAAAAAACGAGAUACUACUUCUAAAAUUACCUUCUACGAAGAUGAUCAACUCAAUAACGCUGCGUGUUACGGUCGUGAUGGAAUUCCCAAUUAUAACGCAAAACCAUCUGACAGAAUCGGCGCCAUGUCCAACAAUAAUAUGUGUUAUCAAUGUGUUAAGAUAACAAAUCCUAAGAACAAGAAGAGUGUUGUUGUGAAAAUUAUCGAUAAAUGUGCAGGCUGCCCAAAAAACAAUAUUGACUUGACGAAAUCGUCGUUUGCUAGCAUUGCAGAUCCAGAUGACGGAAUUGUUAAAAUUACCUGGAAAGGUGUUGCCUGCCCAUCAAAGGGUAGAUUUCCCACAACCGAAAAGAAUAGGAAUAAAAAGAAAUAAAUAUUUCUUUUUUAGAGUUUCAUAUUAAUAGAAAAUAGAAAUAUGGACUUUUCAAACCCGGACGGUUUUUUUUACGGCUGUACAAAAAAUAUAUUAUUUUACUUUAAUCAUGAAUUCUCGACAUUUUCAUUAAUCACCAUUAUCAUCGUCAUCAUAAUUCAUAUAUGAUUUGUACACUAAUUGAAAUUGUUUUUUUUUAAUAAAGAGGUUCGUUGAACCAACUUUUUUGUAUUGUUUUUUAAAAAGUUUGAGCGUA